AUGGCUUCAAAAUCUCAAAAGAAAGUAUUAAAAAAACAAAACAAAAAAAAGAAAAAAGACCCAUUAGCUCCAAAGAGAGCUUUGUCUGCCUAUAUGUUUUAUGUUAAGGAUAAGAGACUAGAAAUAAUAAAAGAAAAACCAGAAUUAGCAAAAGAUGUUGCACAAGUUGGUAAAUUGAUAGGUGAAGCUUGGGGAAAGUUAAGCCCAGCUCAAAAAGCACCAUAUGAAAAGAAAGCACAAUUAGACAAAGUACGAUAUUCAAAAGAAAUAGAAGAAUAUAGAAAGAAAAAUCAAGAAUAA